GUGCGAAUGAGUAUGUAUGAAUGUGUUGAAUUGAAUCUGUGGAUGAAUACUGACGAGUGAUGACUAGGUCAGGUACUAUAGCUGGUAUCUGGAAUACGCGCUAAAGAUGUGCUUCUGCUUCGAUGAAUUGGAAUACUGGGUGGAGGUGGACGAGCGAAGUCCUACGCUAUACCGCAGGCGAGAGCAGCGUGCAGAUAGCUCAUCGCUUCCUCCCAACGUUUACCAGCAAGGAUACCGGCCAAUCGACCCGAAAAGACAGUAUAAUACCACCCUUCAGACCCGUCGUCAGCAGUACACUGGGGACAUUCCACAGAAGCGCGUUCAUCUAGUCCCAAAGAGUGAGCUCUUGGAGCUGGGCAAAGAGGCCUGGCUUGAGCGCCGCAGAAAACACGCACAGCUCCAAGAAUCUUGCAGACAACUCAUGGAACGCCAAGAAAGAGAUGAAGAGUCUCGCCAAGCUCAAUGUCAGCCAGGAGACAAUACCCGACAGCAUAACCCGUCCUCAUACCAAUACACGAACGGCCAACUUGCUGUCCGUAGGUCAGCAACGCAGUCUGCCAGAUAUCUGUACGGUCCCACUGCCGACAGAGUAGAACCAAGAAUGAAUGCAGUCGUCGACUAUGAUAGAUCAAAAGACAAAUAUCCUGGCAGAAGCCAAUGGUAUGGCACAGCGCCCAAGAGUGGUACCGAUGCCCACCCGUACUCAUAUUCACCCAUGACGGGCUACCACGACCGAGCAUAUGAGGCCUACCAGGCUCAUGAUCACGUCCAAGCGAGGGUUAACGGGACUUAUUGGUAAGGCAAUGUCGAAUCUCGUCUUCUGGCGAGCAAGGCCCGGAACAUACUCGUCUCCAGAUGUGUCGGUUUUCAAGUGUACUUUAUUUA